AUGGCUUUUGCAGCAAAACAAUUCUAUUCAUCUGCUACAUUUUCUAAUCAUGUGCAGCACAAGAAUUUGCCCUCCAAAACCCAUUUUUCAUCCUUUAUUCCCAAUCAAGUUGUUGGGAGAAAAUGUGAAAAGCCAAAUGUUUUAGCCUGCAGAAAGCCUUUGUACAUUUCAGCAGUAACUGGAUUUGGCUAUAUUGGUGAACCAGAGAAUUCGAAACCUCGAGACGCUACAAUCCAGUGCAAUGCGUACGAAGCUCGUCGAGCGCAGCCUUUACCGAUUAGCAUCGAAUUCGAUCGAGAAACACGAGAGGCUGCUGCCCAGAAGAUUAAGAUUAGUGUUUAUUUUGCUACAUGGUGGGCCCUAAAUGUUGUGUUCAAUAUCUACAACAAGAAGGUCCUCAAUGCCUUUCCAUUCCCGUGGCUUACUUCAACUCUAUCUCUAGCAGCUGGCUCUCUUCUCAUGCUGGUUUCUUGGGCUACAAAGAUCGCUGAGGCUCCAAAGACUGAUUUGGAGUUCUGGAAAACUUUGUUACCUGUUGCUGUGGCACACACAAUUGGGCAUGUGGCUGCAACAGUAAGCAUGUCAAAGGUAGCAGUUUCAUUUACACACAUUAUAAAGAGUGGUGAACCAGCUUUCAGUGUUUUGGUUUCAAGAUUUCUACUUGGAGAGGCUUUUCCGACAUCAGUCUACCUUUCACUUGUGCCAAUUAUUGGAGGCUGUGCCCUUGCUGCUGUCACUGAGCUCAAUUUUAAUUUAAUAGGGUUUAUGGGGGCAAUGAUAUCAAACUUGGCAUUUGUGUUUAGGAACAUAUUUUCCAAGAAAGGCAUGAAGGGGCAGUCAGUGGGAGGGAUGAAUUACUAUGCUUGUCUUUCAAUGUUGUCUUUGCUGAUACUUACUCCCUUUGCAAUUGCUGUGGAGGGUCCCCAAAUGUGGACUAUUGGGUGGCAAAAGGCCGUUUCUCUUAUUGGACCAAAUUUUGUUUGGUGGGUGGUGGCCCAAAGUGUGUUCUAUCACCUCUACAAUCAAGUGUCCUAUAUGUCACUGAAUGAGAUCUCCCCAUUGACAUUUAGCAUUGGGAAUACAAUGAAGAGAAUAUCUGUCAUAGUAUCAUCUAUUAUCAUCUUCAGCAUCCCUAUUCAACCAAUCAACGCACUUGGUGCUGCUAUUGCCAUCUUGGGCACUUUUCUUUAUUCUCAGGUAACCUACCCACAACCCUCCCUGAAUUCCCCACCCCACAAUUUUUUGAGUUAG